AUGGGCCAGCAGGCCCUCCUGCACGGUUGGUCUCUGGUGCUAGCUGGCCGAGAGUCCGAAGUGCCACCCAUGCUCGGAGCACGAGAGGACGCCCUAUAUGUAGCGACAGAUACAUCCGUGGAACAGGAGGAGUUUAUAGUGGGACAGAAGCAGUUGAGGGGAUGGAGCAUGCUCAUGUUUGGGCUUCGAUUCGCUUGGGACCUUAUGUGGAAUCAAGUUGUCGAGACGCGCACCAUCUUCUUGCCUAAGAGGGCGGUGAAUGAGUUAUGUCGCCAGGCACGGGGCGACCUGGCGGCUCAGGAUAACGGGGAGCAGAAGCCCUUCAUCAGCGAAGGUGAUGUGCUGACAGCGUGGUCAGCGCGCGCAGUGGCGUCCUCCCUACCGAAGCCACGACCCGUGACGGUGCUUCAUGCGCUCAACACGAGAUUCCGUCUCACGCCCCUGCUUCAGGCCUCCGGGGUUUACAUCCAGAACAUGGCGGUUGCAGCUUUCAAAUUUCUGUCUUCCGAAGUCGCGACUGGACCACUAGGGCCUAUCGCUCGGGAGAACCGCCGCCAUCUGAUAGAGCAGUCGACCGAGGCUCAGGUACUGGCCUUACUUCGCGAGCUCCAACGGGAAUUUAAGUCCGGCAGUGAUGCAACGCUGGUGUGCGGUGAACCCGACGCCGUACUUAUACCCUUCACCAAUUGGACAAGGGCCAAUCUGUUCAAAGUGGUCGACUUCAGCCCCGCGGUUGUACGUGUUGGGGAGACGGCGCAGUCAAGAAAUAACCCGCUUGGCACUAUGGUCUUCCACCACGCGCAAUCAAUACGACAAAUUCCCGCAGCUAGAAACGCGUGCGUUCAUGGCUCUGGGCAAAGACAACAGUGA